GGAAUGUGAAAGGGAUUCACUGCGAAAACGGCUGGAGAUGGUUUGUGGAAAAUCAUUACAAAGUCCAACCACAAACACACAGGGAGCUGCUACACAGUCUCACCAAAGUCCCAUGGUGAAUGCCCAUUCAACUGCUGGGAAAUCUUUCCAAAAUCCUGCAAUAAAAUCCACAAUCGCUUCUGCAAAAUCUCAGCCAAGUCCUUCAAGGAUGGUGCCAUCGUCAUCAUCGUCAUCUUCAGAGGGAAAAGACAAUGGAAAUGGUGCUGCCCAAAAUACAAAAUCCAUGGAAGAGACUAUGCCUGGAAAUGGUAUAAUGUUAAGAAAUGUUGAGCAAUGGCGCAAACAGAAAGCUCAUGUGGUAAACAGCAUAAAGAAAGGUAAUAUAGAAAAAGUAGCUACAACUCUAGCAUCCAAUUCUCUAGCAUCCAAGACAUCACAUUCGGUUCAUAAACACAACAGCCCUGCACCAAACUCUGCAGUCACAUCACGUCUUUGCAACAAUGUCACUAGUUCUCUGCAUAGAUCACCUUCUACCUGCCGUACCCAGCGUCUGUGUAACAUGAAGCAAAAUACUAAUGCUGGCACCAGCAGCCUUGUUCCAUUGAAGAAACAGGUGAUUGUUUCCAGUGAACCAAGUAAAACUCCACAAGUUGAGGGACUCCCUAAAUCUGCCGAAUCACCACCAAUGUCACCAGGAGUACCAACAGGCCGAGAGAACUACAGAGAAAUUGAUGUGACCCCACCAGUAGCUAUCAGAGCUUUGAGAAGGAAUCGCAAGCGAAAGCCACUGGAGACCUCCCCUCAGAAAAAUCUUCUGAACAGUAGUAAAUAUUCCAUUUCAUCAAAAGCUCUAAACCUAUGCCACAAAGCAAAUGUAUCGGACGAACAGCCUAAUUCAUCAGCUCAGGAAGAAGCAGCUGAAAUGGUUAGACAAUUGCCUCCAAGACGUUCGAAGUCCAUAGCUAUAAAGAAAAUCCAAAGCCAAAACAGUUUCUUGAAGAACUCUCCAAUCUUGAAGAAAAAGAAAGAAAGCGACUCUGAAGACGUUUCUUUGGAGACAAACAACUCGAGUAAGGAGACCGGCACUCCACAAGGAUCUCCGCAGAAGACAACAAUGGAUCGGAUCCGUAACUUGAAAAACAGCUUCCGUUCCUCUUCUUUUCGCAAAGCUCGGAAUUUACUGAAACCAAGCAGCAAUGUCUCCUCUCCAGUUUGGGAUUCUCCGAGGAAUCAAACAGUGAAACCGAGUGUAGCCUCCACAACAAAGACCUCCAAAACGGCUGCCCCCUCAGAUACAGAAUCUUCCAACAACAAGAAGCUACAAAACAUUCUCACAAAUACCACUACACGUCCAAGGCGGCGACUAUACAAGGAUCAGAUUAUCGGACCGAUGAACUUUGUGAACGUCACAGCAACAACAACUCUAAAACCAAAGGAUGAUGUCUUCAACAAUCUCAUGCAUCAACUUCGAAACAGACGUAGAGAAACUCAAUAUAAAUCUUAAGACAAAGGAAAUGUUUUAUUUCUCUUUCUCUUCUUCCUUUUGUUAAUCUUUUUUUUUGUGCGAUAAUUUUGUGCAAAAAACGUAAUUUACAUUGUUUUUUAUUUUUAUAUUGUAUUUUUAAAUCGAUCCUGCCUUCGUUCGUUCACCUCCUCUUCCUUCUCCCACUACUUCUUUCCAGUAUCUUUUUCCUCAUCCUUCUUUUUCCUCCUAUGUAUUUGUUACAUUCUUUUCUUUUUCCUUCUUUACUUCUUUUGUCUUUCAUUUCACCUUCACUUCUUUUCAAUACUUUCUCUUUUCCAGACACAUAAACACAUACAUUCAGACGUUCACAUACAUAUAUAUAUAUACAUAGACACAUGCAUUCACACACACACACACAGACACACACAUGUAUAAUAACAUGUGUACAGAUACACAGUAUGUGCAUGUGUACAUAAAAAUAAAUUAUAUAUAUAUAUAUAUAUAUAUCUUUCACUUGUUUCAAUCAUUAGACUGUGGCAUAUACGCGUAUAGGGUGUCCCCUACAAAAAUGUAUACACACUUUGAAUAACUGUAAAAGGAAUAUGUAUUAAAAUGCACAUCCUUUCCUGAAAAUACAAUGAUCUACAGACAUUAUUUAAUUACAUUUAA